AUGGCUGACUUAGUAUUCAAUUUUGAGAUUCAUCAUGGUGGGCAGUUUGUGUGGAACCCAGAUUUGGUAUAUUUAGGAGGUAGUACUUCUUUUGUUGAUAAUGUUGACCCAGAUAGACUUAGUUAUUUUGAAAUACAAGAUAUUUGUUGUGAUGUGGGGGCACUUAGUACAAGUAGAUAUCAUUAUCUUAUUCCUGGAGGUAAUUUGGAGCAAGGGUUAAGGCUUAUAAAUGAAGAUGAUAAUGUUGUUUAUAUGUGUGAGAUCCAUGCUGCAUGGCCUACAGAUAAGAUAACACUAUAUGUUGAGGGUGGUGAGGAGCCACUUGCUGUUGAACAACCAUUUGGUAAUGAGGAAGUAGCAAAUGAUGAUGAUGAUGAUGAUGUGCAUGAGGUGGGUGAGAGUGAUGAUGAUGUGCAUGAGGUGCAUGAGGGAGGUAAUGUGGAUGCUGAAGGAGGUGAUUUUGAUUGGUUAGAGGAAGGGUUUGAGAGGCCAGAUUUUGAUGAUGAUGUUUUUGGAAAUGUAGAUGAUGGGCCAUCUACACGUGCAGCCCCACAUAGGCCCUCUGAAGGAGAUGAUGGGCCAUCUACCCAUGAGGAUGCAGCCCCACAUAGGAAUACUGCAGCUGACCCACCUCUUGAAGAGGGUGAAUGGAUUGACCCACCUCUUGAAGAUGACCAGGAAAGUCUAGUAGGGUCUGAUGAUGAUCAGCCAGCACCAGCUGCAAAAGAACCUGAGUUUAAUGUCCAAACUGACAUGAGAAAGCCAGAGUUAAAGAAAGGAAUGAAGUUUCCAAACUCUAAAGCAUUUAGGGAGGCAUUGAGGGAAUAUGCGAUAAAGAAGCCAGUAAAUAUCAAGUUCAAGCUGAAUAAGAAGAAGAAGAUAUCAGUUUAUUGUAUUAAUGAAUGUGGAUGGAGGUGUUAUGCAUCUCAACUACCUGAAGAGUUGACAUUCCAAAUAAAAACAUUCAAUCCGGAGUGCACUUGCCCUAGAUCCUUCAAACACAGCCAAGUGACUUCAACUUAUGUUGCAAAGAAAUUUAUGCAGGAGUUUGACAAAAACCCCAAUUGGAAAGUGGCUGGUGUUCAACAUCAUGUGAAGCAAGCACUUGAAGUUGACAUAAGUUACAGUCAAGUGUAUAGGGCAAAAAGGAAAGCUACUGACUUGGUUACUGGGGAUGAACAGCUGCAAUAUGGGAAACUUAGGGAUUAUGCAGAGAUGAUAAGAUUGACUGAUAAAGGAAGUAGGGUUAUUUUGCAAACUGAAAUGGAAGAUGAAAAUGCACAGCCGAAAUUUAAGAGAAUGUAUAUUAGAAAACAAAGAUUCAUGGGUAUGGUUUCUGCAGCAGUUUUCAGAUGA